AGAUCGGAUAUAUUUGCUGCCUUUCCGUUGUUUUUUGUGGUUUCGGGUUGUUUUUUCCCUCCUCCUCUUAUUUUUUUAAAUAAUUUUUUUAGUUUAUUCGCUGUGUUUGUUUGUUUAUUUAUUUACCUAUCGAUUGAUUGCGUUUUAAUUACUGCCUUGUGACAGGGAGCGAGGGAGGAGGAGCGUCAGGGCCAAGCGCGCGCGUUGUUGUGUUUGUGCGAGCGUGUGUCGUGUGUGUGUGUGUGUGUGUGUUGAGUGUGUGUGUGUGUUUGUGUCUCCUUUUAUUCAUCCGCUGAUAGCCUUUAAACGGAACUGUUUCUAAUGUGGUCGGCGUCGCGAGCCGCCGCUUUGCUUUGCGCGCGUGGACGAAUGUGUGACACGCAGCCUUGAUGCAAGAAGAAAAGAGGAGAAGGAGCGCGUGCAAGCUAGAGACCAAAUACAAUAGCUCAAACCAAAUACUACAGAAAUCCAAAUAAGACUUUAUAUAUACUAACUCCGCUGGCCUUUUAAAGCGCUCGUCCGUUGCUAUAUAUCAUGAUUUACUGUGCUUGUUUUAAAUUGAAUACCAAAGCGGCCGGUGAUGCUCUACAGGAAUAGGCUAGCGACUGUUCUCAUGCCUCUCACACCUACAGGAAACAUUACCGGUGAGGAGUGACAGGAUAAAAUAAGCUCCCGGGCCUCUAUGUUUACUCAAGGAAAAACGCUUUAGCGGUGGCAACAAGAGAGACGCAGGUGACACAUAGCUUUUUAUUCUAAAAAAAAAAAAAAAAAGAAAACUACUACAACGGGCCUGUAGCCGAACUUUUCCUGUAGCCUGCUCUCCUCUCUAUCCGUCUGUGUGUUUAGUCUGAACUGUAAGCUAUAACUGCACUCAAGGGACCAUCCUACAUUUAUGUUCUAUGCACAUUUACACCAAAACUAACGCCGACCACCAGUCGACAUCAACAAAUGUAAAUAAAAGUGCGCAAGCCGGGCUACAUGUGUACACACCUAACGGCGAAUGUUGUGAGCUUUCCAUACCAAAUAUCCCCCCAAAGCUGUCUGCCAGAGAAACGGACAAAGAUACAGAAGCUUCAGAGGAGGACAGAGCUGAUUAAAGUACUUCUGUCACAUUAUUCGCAUCAACACAAGAAGCCGGAGGAAGAUCAUGUUUGUUCCCUUGCCGGUGCCGUUCGUGUUUCAGAGAACUGCCCCUGACCUCAACGCCUGGCGUCUCAAGUCCCCUCUGGCUCUCCGCUCCAACUCCGAUAUCAGAAUGUCAAAGGCAGUAGAGGUUGAGAAAGUCGGGGCUGACUCACCACUGGAGGGCACAGAUUCAGAACGGAAUGGACCUGAAUCAAAUCACCAGGCUCAGUCAAUGAAGCUCAGCUCCUUUCCUCUGUCACCGAACCUGAGCAGCAGCAAAAACAAGAUGGAGGAAUGUGCUGAAAUGUCCCCAGCCCUUCCUCCCUCUCACGGCCCGACUCCUUCACAGACAGCCCUGCAACACACACAGCUCAUGCUGACCGGCUCCCAGCUAGCAGGGUUGACAGCUCUGUUGCCAGCCCAGCAGCAGUUGUUGCUGCAGCAGGCUCAGGCUCAACUCCUGGCUGCAGCUGUCCAGCAGUCCAAUGCAGCCCAUGCAGCUCAUGCCGCCCACGCAGCCGCCCAAGCCAAUCAGCAAGCUCAGGCAGCUGCAGCAGCAAAUCAGCAAGCCCAGCAGCAACAGCAGCAGCAGCAGCAGCAAGCGGGACAAACGGGGCAGCAGGCUCAGCCACAGUCCCAGGGACAGGGACAGAGCACACAGGAGCAGACAGUCCAAAGUGUCCCUGUCCCACCUCCUCCACCCCAGCUUACCCUUUCCCAGCCCAUUCAGCUUACCGCCCAGGACAUUCAGCAGCUGCUUCAGCUUCAGCAGUUAGUGCUGGUGCCCGGUCACCCACUCCCAUCUCCUGCCCCGUUCCUCCUCCCACAGGCACAGCAGGGCCAGCAAGGACUCCUAUCAACACCAAAUCUUAUUCCGCUACCUCAGCAAAACCAAGGGAGCCUGCUCUCUGCUCAAACUAGAAUGGGACUCCAAGCACAGCCAUCCUCCCUACAGCGAGACAAGUGUCUGGAUGUGAGCGUGGGUGGAGGCGUGACCACGGUACCCUCAGUGACCUCUCACCCAGAGGAGCCCAGUGACCUGGAAGAACUGGAACAGUUUGCCCGCACUUUCAAACAGAGACGCAUCAAACUGGGCUUCACACAGGGAGAUGUGGGCUUGGCCAUGGGGAAGCUAUACGGCAACGACUUCAGUCAGACCACCAUCUCCCGCUUUGAAGCUCUCAACCUAAGCUUUAAGAACAUGUGCAAGCUGAAGCCACUGCUGGAGAAAUGGCUCAAUGAUGCAGAAACCAUGUCCAUAGACAGCACCCUGCCCAGUCCCAGCUCCCUGUCCUCUCCCUCUCUGGGCUUUGAGGGGCUUCCUGGUCGCCGCAGAAAGAAGAGAACCAGCAUCGAGACGAAUGUACGAGUGGCCCUGGAGCGCGCAUUUCUGACGAACCAGAAGCCUACCUCAGAAGAGAUCCUGCUGAUUGCCGAGCAGCUCAACAUGGAGAAGGAGGUGAUCCGGGUCUGGUUCUGUAACCGCCGGCAGAAAGAGAAGCGCAUCAAUCCCACGAGUGCCACCCCUCCUCUGCCCAGCCAGCCCCCCACUGCCCCGUCAACGCACAAACCGCCCUGCUACAGCCCUCACAUGAUGUCCAGCCAGCUGUCGCAGGCUGUGACCAGUCUAAGCAGCACAACGGUGACUACCAUGUCCUCCGUCUGCCCUCUGACUUCCAGCCUCACCUCCACCCACCCCUCCCUCAGCUCAGCCCACCCCUCUCUCAGCUCUGCACCCUCUCCAGCGACUCCUCCACCUCCUCCCCGCAGCACAGCCAGCCCAGCCACUCCCAGCCACAGCACACUCAACCUUAACACAGGCUUAUGGCGUAUGGGUAAAAAGAACGGUGACGUGUCAAACUACAUCACCGAUUUUGCUGCAAACUUGAGGAACACUGUGAUGGGAGUUAACACAGGGAUGAACCAAGCCCUCCUCGGUAACAAUCCCCUGGCCACUAUCCAAGCCCUAGCAGCCAGUGGUGGCCAGCUGCCUCUUUCCACUCUUGAGGGGGCCAGCAAGGUGAUGCUGGGGGCCUCAGGGGGCCAAGGAGGAGGCCUCCCUUCCUCCCUCUUUCUCAACCACCCUGCCCUCCUCCACAUGGGCCAGAAUCCCGGUGCUGGACUCGUCAGCGCUGCCGUAGCCAAAGUUUCCCACCCGUCACCUUUCCCCUCGGUCAGCAGCAUCAGCCCCACACCCUGUUCCCCCUCUCCUUGCUCUAGCCCCGCCUCUUCCUGCUCCUCCAGCGAAAUGGCACACAGCCCGCCCUCUCUCGGCGGGGCUAAGAUUGAGUGACAGCGCCAAGGGCCAAUCAGAGACGAGGAGGAAGGAAGAAACAAGAACCUUGCCUUUCACACCAAAGCGAUCUCUUUCUCUCUCUUGUGCUCUUCUUCCAUUAUAUUUUUUCACAAUGGCUCUCUCUCUCUUUCUCUCCCGGUCUUUCGAUGCCAAAAAUACACAGAAUGAAAGAGGAGAGAGGGAGGGAAAGAAGUGAAAGAAGGGAGAAGGGGGGAAAGGGAAAGAUUGAAACCAAAAAUCUUUAUCUAUCCAAACAGAUGGAAAUGAGGCAACGUGGGACCUUUUUGUCAAUGCCAUGUGAUAUCGACACGGCACCUCUCUGCUCUUUCUCUCCGAAGGAAAACAAACCAAAUGACUGUAACGAAGGGACGAAGGAGACGGCAGAGACGUAUGUUGAAGUGCAUAAACCAAAAAUGACAAAACAUAACUUUACUAUAUAACAAAGAAAUGGCGGCAAGGACGAGGAAAAAAGAAGAGGAGGACUGUGCUUACAUUUCCUUUUUUUUCUAUUAUUUUGAAAAGCUGCGGGUCUGAAGGAAGAGGAGUGGGAAGGAUAUGUUUAAACCAAAAAUUUACCUGAGGAGGAGACGGAGGAGGAAUACACAAUGACAAAAAAACAAGAACAAAAACAAAAAAAAACAACAACCAUACCAAAAUCCCAAAUACCAAAAACCAAAAAUACGGAGAGAAAAGCUUUAUUCAAAGGACGUGUAAAUACUGAAGCUAUCCAGGACCAGGACUCUACUCCUACUGCUAAACACACACACACACACACACACACACACACACACACACACACACACACACACACACACAUCAAGAGCCAACCCAUCCUGCCAUCGACUCAUCCUGUCUGUCUCUGCUCAUGUGUCCCUUUUAGGCUUUCAUGCUCCAUAUUUUCAAUGAAUCUGUAAAAUAUUCCUUUGUGUCAAGAGCUCAUGUAUGAAUGAUUGCCAGUCCUGCUGAGUCCUCAUGCGUUUAGUCUUUUUACCUACCUCUGGUUAUAAGAGCAUAGAAUAGUUUGCAUUUCUCCUUUUUUUUUUUUUUAAAUUUCACAUUUUCUCGACAAGCUUAUUUUUUACACUUUGACCAGUAUAGUUUGGGAUUAGUUGUUUUUUUUUCUAUUAUUAUUUAUUAGUGUCAUGAUAGAAUUCAGCUCCUAUUUAUUCUCGCACACUGUUCUAGUGUUAGCUCUGGAGUUUUAAUCCUCAUCACGUGGCCUAUUUCUGUCAUCAGCCUGCGUUUUGUUUUCAAUGGGACUUCUCUGCAGGAACGCAGAUGAUAACGGUGAAAAAGAUAGUCAUCUCCGUCCUCACCAAGUGCCAACAGAUCAAAGAUAGACUUGGCAUAUUGCGAGUUGAUUUCAAGGUGUGAAUAAAUUUAUUAAGACCUAAGCGUUUGACAUUUCGUGCUCUUAAUCGGGCCACUCUUUCCUCACUCUGAAAGAUAACCCAUUAUCCGGUGACUCCGUGGCUAAAUGAACAUGCCCUGGAAACUUCACAGACUGUCUGUUAAGAGUGGCGACCACUUUAAGAGUAUGAAAUAGGGCUGUGAUUGCAGAAAUAAAGUAAUAUCUGUUGAUGCUGAAGGAUAAAUAAGUCAAUAAAGCCAAGUUUAGUCACAGCUGGCUCUCAUUCCUGCCUUGUCAAUCAGCAUAGACGCCCCGACACCUGUAUGUCUAGACGUGUUUACUGAUAUUUGUCUGUUCUCAUCAUCACUCCAUCAAUCACAUUUCACUGUCAUUUUCCACCUUUACCUGCCAUUAUUUCUCAAAUGGAAACCAAAGUAUUCUCAAGGCGGGGUUCUUCUUCAAGAGCCUUAGUCAAGAACACAAUAAAGACACAGAAGUGGUGGUGGUGGUGGUCGGGGGUUGGAGAACAGGAUGCUAACCACUGGAAGCCCUCUGGUGUAAUCCCCCUCCACCUGGCCCAUCCAAAACCCCAUGGGGAAAGCUUUAUAUAGGGAGUUGAUCCUUUACUCUGAACCCCAGAAAGAAGGGUUACGGUGGGACAGGCAAAGGAGGGACACACUGUAGUGAAGGGAGCGGGCGUCACACUUUUUGUAAGAGGAUACCAAAAAUAAACACAAACCAAAAAGAAAAAAACAAACAAAAAACCCCACAACCCAAGGAAUGACAGAAGCAAACCAAAAAGAACCCAAACCAAAUGUGGCUGGAGGGAGGAGGGGAGGAGGACGAAGUGCAGGUGUUGAAGGAAGCGAAGCGACUCUCUGUCUGUCGGCUUUAGGGCUGCGACACAGCCCCGCUCUGAAACUGUGUAGCAUGGAUGGAGGGGUGAAUAGACAGGCAGCUAGACAGGGAAGCAGAAGAAGGACGGACACUUCCUCCCCUCCUCCGCCUCUCUCUUUCUCCAGCUCAGCUCUCUGGUCCUGGAUGGAGCUAAACGCAAAUGACCUCACUGAACUGAAAUCUUAUAAAAAAAAAAAUCUGUUUUUAUUUUUUUGUUGGUUGGUUCUGAUUGUUUUAUCUCUGCUGUGUCUCUUGAUGCCGUUUUAUGUACUGUACUUUAGUGCUUAUUACUUAUUUGGAAUAACGUACUCGCUUACUUACUACAAGAGCUCCUUAUUUUUUUCGUAGUCGUGCUAGAGAUUUUUAUCAGGUGGUUGGAAAAAAUACUGUGAAAAUUUAGCUUCCAGAUUUUUAUUAGAUAAAGAAACAAACUGUCUUGAAAGGUAAAAAAAAAAGACAACACAAAAAACCAAAAACAAAGAGUUGAAUAGCAAACCCUAAAAAUGCCAAACCAAAUACUGAACCAAACCAAACACAGUAGACAGAAACAGGAACUGCCUUCUCUGUGUGAGGGCAAAGAAAUGGCUUAGCGUCAGUUUGUCUGAGGUGUAGCUGUGUGUCUUUCUGUAUUUAAAUGUUAAUGGUUAAAAAAAAUGAAAUGAAUAGGGUCUGCAGUGAUGUCUUGUCACACAUUUUGACCCCAAAGGCAGCAGUGUAAGAUACACUAAUGACAGAAGAACACACACAGUAAAGGCCUCGGUUAAAUUGAAUGGAUGAGAGUUGGACGUAAACCUAUCCAAAGAAUAUUUGGUUUGAUCCACACCAGAAAAACCGCUGACACACGAGAAUCGUUUCACAAACCAAACUUUAGAUGUGGGGUUUGCGCCUUAAAGGUGAAACCUUUUCUCCACAUUGACUCUUAGACGGAAUGUAUCUGUUAGUGCUUCUAUAGAUUUUGUAGAAAAAAAGAUAUAUGUUCUAUUGCUUACUUAUCGCUAAUGUAUGAAAAAGAAAAAAACUCUGAGAAAAAAAGAUCCUAAAAACAUUGAUGAUAAUAACUUGAUUUUAGACCAAAAAUUUUAACUAUCUCUCUUUGGACAUUUCAUUUCUCUUUUUGAUUCAUGAUUUAGACUUUUGAUUGUACUAUUUAUUCAGAGUAGAUUUGAUUUACUUGCUCGUUAUCUUAUUUGUGUUGUUAUUUAUUUGUUAAUUUAUUUCUAGAGGUGCUUUUUUCGUAUUCUAUGAUGUAUUUGUGACAGAUUUUUCUUUCUUUUUUUUCCCCUGCUGAAGUUCUUUCUUACUUCUUUGAACCAAAUGAUAGCAGAAAUGCAACCUCGCGUCCUGUAGGGACUUAAUAAGAGAACACAGUCGACUGAUGGUCAGUCACAAAGAAAUUCUCUUCCUCACUGGGACAGCUUUCCUCCUCAAAGGGAAGGGACGCUCACUGUAAUGAGAGGCAGCACUGUGACGACCAACCCCCCAUGAUUUACAGGUGUUUACAGGGGAAGAAAAUUGAGUGGGUGGGAGUUUUAUGGACAUACAUUUUCCUUUGUGUCUUUUUGUAAUUAGACAAAGAAGACGUGCUGAAAUUCAGUUUCGAAAGCAUAAAUAUGAUUUAUGCCUACAUGGGGUGUUCUUUGAGGCACAGUGCUGCUUCUGUUCUCUGUAUUUUCUCCACAGGGAGAGCACUCUGAAAGCUUUACAGCUAUACAACCAAAAACGCAAAAGAAGAAGAUCAGCUGAGGCAAAGGCUAAAGUGUUUUUACGUGGCAGAAAGGAAACAGAGAGGCACAAGAGAAAGAGGGUGAUUUUGGAUUCCCAGCAGUAGAUCGCCCUCCAGCUUCUCUUUUAGUCUCCGUUUCUACGUUUCUGUAUCUCUUUUUCUUUUCCACUUUUCUGUACGUUCGUUUCAACUUGUUUCUUCAUCCACUGUAGGAUGUAAAAGAGAGAUAGUUCAUCAUAUACCUCAUAUUCUUUGAUGAUAAACCAAAUAGAUGAAUGCUUUAAAAUGCGGGGCUCAAGUGGGGAUCAGGGUAGCGGGGUGGUGCGUGUGGACAGUGUGCUGGUAUUGGCUGGGAGCAGACCGAGCAAGGUCAGAGGUCAAAGGCCGUUCUCCCAAUGGAAGUAAACACAGGUUUGGGAUCAAUGAGGAAGUAAAAGAUCACUGAGUAAAUUGCAAGUUUACUCCAUUAGAUUCAGAUGGUGCCAUCUGAGGUCAAAAGGCUGCAUUGCUUUAUGCUCUGGUCUACUCACACACACACUCACACACACACACACACACACACACAGGCCUUGUCCCCCUGAUAAACACCCACGCUGUCUGUGUUGAGCUUUGAACACAGCCCUCACCUCACGUCUGACCCUUACUGCUGCCGCCCCGUCACACACGGACCGUCUGUGGGCUUAGAGCUGCUCUUUGGCCCAAAUCUAAGAUCAAAUCUGGAUCCAUUUUUGGCUUAAAAAAGCUUCUGGAUUCAUGCCUCUGAGCAACUUUAUCAUCAAGGUCGCCCAGCCCUCUCUCGCCUUUAGGUCCGUGUUGCCGGAUGAGGGGUCAUGUUGACCGUUUGAUGACCACGUGUGUCGGGGAGCAUCGUAGGGCGGGUAACCAGGGAACGGCUGACGCUGAGGUUGCUAGGUGACAGAUACUUCUCACAGUGUGUGAUGAGAGGAGGGAAGUUGCAGGAAGAGGUGUGCAUGUGAUUUAAACAUCUGGAUUCUCCCAGAGAGUCGGUUUUCCUCUCUUUGUCUCUCUUGUGUGUUUGGAGGAAGUGGAUGCAGAGCGGCACUCCUCUGUGAACCUCAGACUUUUAGGAAGCCAUGAGUAAAGUGCAGGUCUCUGUGGUGGGGAUACCCCAUUAGUGAAUGAUACCAAAGUCUACGCCCCGCCACGUGAACCGGCACGAUGUCCACGCUCCCUAAAAACCUGAUGUCCACAGAGCCUUCCCAAACUCCACUUUCCUCUAAACACCUUAUUCAUUCGCAUUUUUUCUUCGCGUAAUUAAAUCGUCUCUUCCGACUACAGAUGUACCUGAACAGCAGCGUCUGGGUAAGUAGCUUUAGAGGAACAGCUUCAUAGUUCAGCUUUUUGGUAAAUGUUCGCUUUCUUUCAGAAAGUUAGAUGUGGCUCCAACCAGCGUGCAGCUAGCAUGAAAAAUGGAAGCAGAGGCAGGGGAAGUUAGUGCUGCUGGCCAGAAUGUUGUUCCACAUAAAACCACACAACGAUGGGUUUGAACUUCAGUUUUUGUGCAGCAAAAAAAAAACAACCAAAAAACACCAUGUGACAUCUUGAUAGGUGAGUUUUGCAGGUGCUGGUAGCUUCUUUUGCUUUCCUGUGAACCGUGAAGAUGUUUAGCACAUGUGUAACAGAAUUUUUUAUCCCGUUUUUAAAAUGAAUGAGCAACUUUUAAGAGUGGUGCUCCUCAUAGUGGUGGAUGAAAACUCCGUACACAAAUAUUAUAAACAGUAAAGGCGACACAAACAGCUGUGACAUGAAUUUAGUUUUUUACUGAAAUGAGCCAGCAGCAGGCUGAACUUUGCACUGAAGGGAAAUGGUAAUACGCCUGCAUUUCAACAGUGAUUUUGCUGUUUGUUUUUUUUAAGAAAAUGAACACAUUUUGUAGUCAGUAGCAGCACACCUGUUAGAAUCGUUUAAGUACCCCUUCCCAUGCUAAAUUAACCCUCCUGUUGUCUUCGUUUACGGGCACCAAAAAAUAAUGCUUCCUUGUCUGAAAAAAAUCCAAAAAUUCAGCAAAAAUAAAAAAUAAAAAAUCCCCAAAAUUUCAGAAAAUUUGCAAAACCUUUUGGAAGAAAAUUCCAAUAAUUUCUUAAAAUUUUCCCUUAAAAGUUUCAUUUUAAAAAAUCUCUCAAAUUUGGAAAGAAAAUUCUCAAAAAAUGAGUAACAAUCAUCCAAACAAAAUCCUAAAAAUAUGUAAAAUUAUUACAUAUACAUCAGUAAAACUUCUAAUAUUUUCUUUAAGAACAUUCACACAAAAAAUCAACCAAAAUCCAGUGAAAUUCGCUGGAUUUUGGUUGAUUUUUUUUGUGUGAAUGUUCUUAAGAAACAUUUUUAACAUUUCUUUUUUCCGCCAAAAAAUGUCCCAAAAAUGUUGAAAAUGUGGCCAAGUUCACUGUGGAAAUAUAUAUUUUUUUCCCCACAUUUUCAAACUUUAAAGCUGGUCGAUUUGACCCACAAGACGACACGAGGGUUAAGCCUAUUUUAGAACCAACCCCUGGCUGUAGACUCAUAUUUACCACGCAGACAUCGAGGUGCUGAAAUCUUCUCAUCUAACUCUUGGAAAGAAAGCAAAUAGGAACAUUUCCCAAAACAUUUGACUAUUCCUUCAAAAUGGAGCAUCGACACCUAAUUGAAAUCGCGCAAAUGUGAGAGAAUCUGUGUCUCUGGGCAGGAAGCCAUAAAAGAUGGCUCUGCCGGAGAAAGAGAGAGACGAAGAAACGAGAGCAAAGAAAACACCAACAAAGCUGCUACUUCUUCCUCUGCCCACUGCCAUCCACACAUACAUGCACUUCCUCUCUUUCAUCCCUCUCUACUCUCUGUCUUUCUCUCUCUUCUACAAUACAGCUUCAGUCCAAAGGUUCUCCAGCAACACAGCAAAGCAAGUCCGAUGUUAAAGAAGAAAACCAAAGAACUCUAACUUGACUUACUCUUCAACACAAAGCCUCCACUGCAUCCUUUCUCUUUCCAUUCCCUCCUGUCCGCUCUGCUUUGACUCGUCUGUCACCUAGCGAGCCGGCCUUGAAGCAUUAAACCUCAGCUAUCCAAAGGGAAAUAAUAAUAAGAAUGAUAAUAAUGAUGAUAAUUAAGAUGAUGCUGAUGAAAUGUAUAUUUUUAAGUAUUUGUCAUUGGAAGAAUAAUCUUAAGCUUCUCAUAAUUAUGAUGAUCAUGACGACGACGACAACGAUGAUGAUGAUAAUGAAGUUUCUCUUCUCUUUGUAGCUGUUCUGAUCCUUCUUGAGUUUGUGUCUUUUUCUGCUUGUGCUGCCAGAGUACUGCUUAACUCCCAUCACCUUCCUUCCUACGUUUUUCUUUUGGCUUACCCCCAAUGUUUGGUCCCAACGUCUACCUGUCUAACCUUUGCCCUUAGAUGUUUGCCUACUCCUCCAGUGUGUGUGUGUGUGUGUGUGUGUGUGUGUGUGUGUGUGUGUGUGUGUGUGUGUGUGUGUGUGUGUGUGUGUGUGUGUGUGAGUGUGUGUGAAGAGCAAACUGUUAAACCCUGACAAGGGGAAGUUUAAAUUUUCUCUGGAAGUGGUUUCUUGUUUUUAGCUGUUUAAAAGGGGGAGGGUUCCAGUGUGUCAGUUUGUUACAUGCCCACCUGUGAGUGAGUGUGUGUGUGUGUGUGUGUGUGUGGCUGGGUGGGGCGUGGGUUGUUGGAAAGCGGGAUGGGUGCGGUAGACAAAAAGAUUCCUUGUUCUAUGGACGACACCAAACCCCAACACACGAUGUGUACUGUCAACUGUAACGUACUGUUUGCCAACUUCCUAGUACAUGUAGCUUUAAUUCCCCCUGUCACAACAGUCAGCUUGUGGCCCUAUUGUGCGUGAGUGUGUGCAGGUAUGGGUGAGUCACUCUUCCCCUUGUGUCUUCUAUCCCGUGAUCAGUCUCACCCCCCCGCCUCUUUCCCCUUCCCUUCCCUUUUAGUCUGCCCCCUUCUUCUCCCUUGUGGUAGCAAGUUAGCCUUUUAGUGUGUUUAUCUUAAAAACAAAACAAACCAAAAAAAAAAAAAAGCGUGAAGAAAAAUUACUCUGCUUGUUCAUUGUACAGUGUUGUUCAUUUUAAGUCAUUUUUGUAACUGAAAGUGUUUCAUUCAUCCAAAUAAAACAGGAGACAAAAACUGUACAGAUGA